ACGAAUCGUUCGCUAACAGCAUAUCACUAGUGCGCAGCCUGACAAAAUCGCUCAUGUAGAAUACCAUAUGUCCUUCCUCAGACACCGUAACUGUAGUGUAUGUUAUUAUUUCUUGACACGUGUUGUAAGCGAUUAAUCAGUAGCGACAGUUAAUAUUUAUUUUCAGAAACCAGCAACACACCACGCAAAGUUUGUGUUACGUGUAGGUGGUUGUCAUCGACCUUCCAGCAAGUUUGAAGCCAUGAGUGACAGCGACGACGAUAUUCCCCAGCUGUCCGCGGCCACCCUUGCUGCCCUGCAGGAGUUUUACAGGGGGGAGAGAGACGGGCUUGUGCAGAGCACAGCACUGGUGGACAAGUACUCGGUGGGAGCGGUGGAAGAGGACUGGCGUAUGAGCCAAUUCUGGUACAGCGAUGAGACAGCAACACGGCUAGUUGAAGAGGUUAUUCAGGAAGCUGGGAAAGGUGGCAGGAUAGCCUGUCUGAGCGCACCCAGCGUGUACCAGAAGCUGAAGCAGGGGGUGGUGGAGGGCUCUGACGGUGUGUCAGCUGUGGUUCUAGAGUACGACCGCCGUUUCGCCACCUACGGCCAAGAGUUCAUCUUCUAUGACUACAACGAGCCCCUUGCUCUCCCAGAGGAUGUGGCCCCACAGAGUUUCGACAUUGUCCUAGCUGACCCCCCCUACUUGUCUGAGGAGUGCCUCAAUAAGGUCGCCCAGACUGUGAAGUACCUGGCCAAGGGCAAGGUGCUGCUCUGCACAGGAGCCAUCAUGGAGGAGCAUGCAGAGAAGUUGAUGGGUCUGAAGAUAUGCAGCUUCUUCCCCAAACACAACAAAAACCUGGCCAAUGAGUUCCGCUGUUUCACUAACUACCCCUCAAACCUCAUGUCCUGAGGCUCUACAACCCUUCAUGUAUGGCCUUAUUGACUUAUGAUGUCUGACGUCCAUCAAUGCCUCAGUUCUGACUUGACCGAUGUCUGUGAUAGUCGCAAGGAAGGCCCAUCUUGUUGGGCAAUUUCCAUUGCCUGUCAGAUAAGGUUUCAUUUUG